UCUUCAUAAUCCUUUCCCUUCCUUUCUUUCUUAGUUUAUGAGACAUGGCGCCGGAGCAGCUUGAUGGGUUUUAUCUCGCCUUCCCCCUUCUUCAUGAUGAGAGUCAAAACGUAGAGGACAUGGAGUACUACUCCACUGGCUGCAAGCUAGACUUGGGCUCUACCUCUUUCUUCAAGACCUGUUUUAAUGGCCUCAAUGCUUUAUCAGGGAUUGGGAUCCUUUCGGUUCCAUAUGCACUUGCAUCAGGAGGGUGGUUGAGCUUGAUGCUUCUGUUUGUUGUCGCCCUUGCAACUUUCUAUACAGGUUUGCUACUUCAAAGAUGUAUGGAUGUUGAUCUAAAUAUCCGAACUUACCCAGAUAUAGGUGAGCAAGCAUUUGGGAAGAAAGGAAGAUUAAUGGUAUCAAUCUUCAUGUAUUUGGAGCUUUACUUGGUUGCAACUGGUUUUCUAAUUCUAGAAGGGGAUAAUCUGCAUAAUUUAUUCCCCAUGGUGGGAUUUGAAAUUUUUGGGCAAGUAAUUGAUGGUAGACAAAGCUUCAUACUAAUUUCUGGCCUUGUGAUUCUGCCAUCGGUCUGUUUCUACAAUUUAAACAUGCUUUCUUAUAUCUCAGCAAGCGGUGUUUUUGCUUGUAUAAUCAUCCUUGGCUCAAUUUUAUGGACUGGAGUAUUUGAUGGAGUUGGAUUUCAUGGGAAAGGGACAACUCUGAAUUGGAAAGGAAUCCCUACUGCCUUUAGUUUAUAUGCUUUCUGCUAUUGUGCCCAUCCAGUCUUUCCUACUUUAUACACUUCUAUGAGAAAGAAAAACCAGUUUUCUACUGUCUUGCUUGUAUGCUUUAUCUUCUGCACCAUUACUUAUGCAGCAAUGGCCGUUUUGGGGUACUUAAUGUUUGGUUCAGAGGUGCAAUCACAAAUAACUUUAAACCUUCCAAUUGAGAAACUUAGCUCAAGAGUGGCCAUAUACACUACUCUAGUCAAUCCCAUAUCCAAAUAUGCAUUGAUGGUUGUACCAAUUGUGAAUGCUACAGAAAACUGGUUUCCAUACUGCUGCAAUAGAAGAUCAUUUAGCCUUCUAAUAAGAACCGCUUUGGUAUUCAGUACUAUCAUUGUAGCUCUGACAGUCCCAUUUUUUGGGUCUCUCAUGUCCCUGGUGGGAGCAUUUUUGAGUGUCACGGGUUCAAUCUUGUUGCCGUGCUUAUGCUACUUGAAGAUUUCAGGCAUUUACCACAAAUUUGGAAUUGAACUAGUGAUUAUAAUUGGGGUUAUGUUGAUGGGUAUUUCAGCUGGUAUCGUGGGUACCUACACAUCCAUAGUGGAAAUAAUAGGACAGUUGUGAUUAAGUGUCUUCCUUUCUAUAUUGACACAAAUUUUGUAAUCGAACAGAGUUAUUAGUAAGCAUAAAAGUUUG